AUGUUGAUGCACUUAAUUCUAAAAGUUCUAAAUAAACCGCGUUUUUGGAGAUGCUUCUCAACAAAAACUGUAAGUCUGGAAAAUUCAAGUGGUGUGGUGUUUCAGAGGCUACCUGGAGAAAAUAAAAACAUAGCUCUGUACGGUCUCAACAACCAUAAAAACAGAAAUGCCCUUGGAUUUGACUUGCUGGCCUCUAUGAGAGAAGUCAAUUCCAUACUGAGAGAGGAUACUAAGAUUUCUGUUGUUAUACUUCAUAGCUUAGUGACAGGAAUAUUUUGUGCAGGGGCUAACUUAAAGGAAAGAUUUAAAAUGAAUGAUGUUGAAGUGGCAUCAUUUGUUAGAGGCUUGAGGCAAACAUUUAUAGAUAUUGAAGAUCUACCUAUGCCGACAAUUGCAGCAAUAGACGGUGUGGCUGUUGGAGGAGGACUAGAGCUGGCUCUUGCAUGUGACAUUAGAGUAGCAGCAGAUACUGCCAAACUUGGGUUAGUAGAGACAGGAAGGGGUCUCAUCCCAGGUGCAGGUGGUACCCAGAGACUACCUAGAGUAGUCCAUACUAACAUUGCAAAGGAGUUGAUAUUUACAUCUAGAAUAAUAAGUGGUAUAGAAGCAAAGCAAUUAGGUCUUGUAAACCACUCUGUGCCACAGAAUAGCACAAACAAUGCAGCCUUUGAAAAAGCUCUGUGUCUUGCUCAAGAAAUUGCAUCAAAUGCGCCUAUUGCUCUCAGAUGUGCUAAACAAGCCAUAAAUGAAGGUAUCCAGCUAAGUAUAAAAGAUGGUUACGAAAUUGAACAGAAGUGUUAUGAAAAAAAUAUACCAACUCAAGAUAGGAGGGAAGGCAUGCUAUCUUUUAUGGAAAAAAGAAAACCUAACUAUCAAGGUUGUUGA